UUUCUAGCGCCUUCGGAACGGUCCCACUGGACGCGAGUGUGUUUGCGAGUGCGGGAGUUUCAAGACGCGCGCGAAGCUGCGGACAGUCGGAUUGGAAGUGGAGCGAGCGAACUGGAAGGCAAACAAGACGGCGCGUGUCGAGUGUUUGCAAUAGAAACAAAUUGUUUUCGAAUAGGAGCUGUGCUCCCCUAUUUGUUUUGUGAAAUACAACCGACUUCGGCAGCGGCGCGGAGAAGGAUCGCGCUCACCACCAUCACCAACGGCGUCUCCUCUUUUGCAUGCCCGACAUCCCCGCGUAUUUUCAGCAAUUUUCAGCUGGCGCGAUUUGAGCAACAGGUGGCGUGCGACGGAUGGGCGGAUGGAUAAAUGGAUAAAUAGAUCGUGUCGAUGGGCGGCGGUACCUGGCGAAAUUUGCUGCUGAUGAUAGGCUAGCAAAGGCCCGGCAUCAGUAUUUGUGCCCUAAAGGGGUCAGGCGGUGUGCGCGUGAGGAAAUUGAAUUGACUUGGUGGCCACCGGCGGAGGUCCGAAAUCGAAAUCUGUGUCGCAAAUGUGGCACUAAUAAAUUAUCGCACAUUCGCGCGCCGCACCGCGAGUGCUUCAUUAAUGCGGGAAUCGCGAAUGAAGGAGAAUAUCUAGUUUUGCAGCGGCAGUGCGUUUGUUUCAUUUUGCCAGGAACGUGACCAAAAUUUCCAAGUGCCGCGUGGAUUGGAUCUACCGAGUAAUAGGUCUGCAUAGGCCAAACAAUUAUAUUUGGUAGACACGCUUCGCGGAGCUGGGCGCGAAUAAAAAAGAACGCCAACUCCGUGGCCUAUAAAUAUCGGUCUUCGGAAUUACUAAAUCCAAUUGCAGUCCAAUUAGCAGCCGAGCGCCAAUGAAGCGACUGUGAAAAAAACAAGAAACGAGUGACGGCAAAGGGAGCUGGCCAAGACGAGGACGCAAUUAACCAGACCGAAGUGGGCACACCCAUAACAAAACAAGGAGGAGGGGAAUUCGAAGGAGGUGGGAGCAAUGCAAACUCAACGAAAAUGUUGCAUCUCCCCAAAGGAUCAACAUCUGUUGUCAAGGACACUGACACACAAAGGAGUCCCCUCAUCCGUUGCAUGAAAUAAUUUCGUUUAAAUUAAGCUCCCUCCUGACAAAAAGGAGCAGCAUUUUACGCGAUUCCCGUCCCCGCGUAAUGUUUGCUCACCCCUGUCCUGCCCCAGCUGGAAUCUAUCACUCAGGACUGCUGCAGCCACUGCUCCUGCUCCUCUUACUGCUCGCUUUUAGCAACUUCCGGCCGACUCAUGGAGAGGUCUUCACGCUGGGUUACAUCACGGCCUCGCAACGACGGCCGGGAAACCUGGACUACAACCGACCGGGUCUCACCAUUUCCGGCGCCAUCUCGCUGGCGGUGGAGGAGGUGAAUGCCGGACGACUCCGGGAUCGGGGUCAUUCCCUUCAGUUCGUCGUGGCCGAAACUUACGGGGAGGAGGUGGUCAGCAUCCGUCAAACGGCGGCACUGUGGACGCAGCAGGUGGCCGCCUACAUUGGCCCUCAGGAAACUUGCGUACACGAAGGUCGCAUGGCGGCCGCCUUUAACCUGCCCAUGAUAUCUUAUUACUGCACCCAUCGGGAUCCCUCGAACAAGGCUGAUUUCCCCACCUUUGCCAGGACACGUCCCCCGGACACCCAGAUCUCCAAGUCCGUAGUGGCCCUUUUGCUGGCCUUUAACUGGACGCAAGUGAGCUUCCUUUACUUGGACGACGCCAGUGGUCAGUAUCAGCCCGUGGCGGAGACCAUCCUGAGCACACUGACUGAUGCCGGAGUCAGUAUCCGGGACAUUCGCACUUGGAAUACCAUCUACCAUCACGGAUUUAUGGAUAAUCCUUUUGAGGCGCUGGUGGAGCAGACCUAUGCCAACACGAGGAUCUACCUCAUUUUGGGUCACUACUAUGAGCAUGUCGGGCUGAUGGUUAGUCUCCAAAGAAGAGGAAUUCUGUCGAAGGGCGACUAUUUCGUAGUGGGCAUAGACAUCGAACAGUAUGAUCCGGCCAAGCCCGAAAAGUAUUUGCGAGGACUCCUGCUGGAAGAUGUGGAGCCCUUGGCCGUGCAGGCCUUUCAGUCAUAUCUGGGCAUUGUCCCAACGGCGUCCGUCUCCUUCGCCACUUUUGCCAACGAGGUUUGUCCGCUGACGGGUCCUGACAGUGAUGUGAUUGAUGCGCUGCAUCCGCCUUUCGCACGUCUCAUAAUUGUCGGGCCUUUCGCCACAUUGACCACACAUUCUGACCCUCAUUUCGUUUUGGUUUUGCAGGUCAACAAAUACAUGGAGCGACCGCCAUUCAAUUUCCCCAAUCCGCUGGGUCCCUUCGGCGGCGUAAAGCAGAUAAGCGCCGAAGCUGCCUAUCUCUAUGAUGCCGUGCAUCUCUACGCGAAGGCCUUGAUGGAAGUCCUGGAUUCAGGCGGAAGACCCAGGAACGGCAGCGCCAUUGUGGCGGCCAUCAAGGGCUCGCGAUAUCGCAGCGCCAUGGGCUAUCACGUCUACAUCGAUGAGAACGGCGAUGCAGCUGGAAAUUAUACAGUAUUAGCGAGAGGAUCCGUGCGGAAUGGUCGCAAUCAGACUGUGCUGGGCCUGCGACCCGUGGGAACCUUCAUCCACCGGAACAGUAGCUUCAGCAGCAUCAGCAAGGCGUUGCCCGAUCUCAAACUAUUCAUCCCCAUCGACUGGGUGGGUGGCACGCGACCAGCAGCUGCUCCUCGGUGCGGAUUUGGUGGCGAGAAGUGCGUUAAUUAUACUGGGGAAAUUUCAGCGGCCAUUGCAGGCGGUGCCCUAUUGCUGCUCAGCUUGGUCUCGCUGGUCCUCUAUCGCAACUGGCGGUACGAGCAGGAACUGGACAGUCUGCUCUGGAAGAUAGACUUUCGCGAGGUGCAGAUCCAUGAGAACGAACGGGAACAGCAAAGUCAGAAGCAGACGCGCUCCACCCAUCCGCUGAUCCGCACCAGCCAGGUGAGCCUGAGCUCCAAUCCGGACGCCGACUUCCGGUAUACGACAAUCUUUACGCCCAUCGGACUGUACAAAGGUCAGCUUUACGCCAUCAAGAAGGUGCGAAAGAAGAGCGUGGACAUAACCCGGGAAAUGAAGAAGGAGCUCAAGCUGCUGCGGGAUGCCCGCCACGACAAUAUUUGCGCCUUCAUAGGCGCCUGCACGGAUCCGCCAAACAUCUGCAUCAUCAGCGAGUACUGCACCCGAGGCAGCCUUAAGGACAUUCUGGAGAACGAGGACGUCAAGCUGGACAACAUGUUCAUUGCCUCCAUGGUGGCAGACAUUAUACGCGGCGUCAUCUAUUUGCACGACUCGCCCAUUCGCUUCCAUGGCGCUCUGUGCACCUCCAACUGCCUGGUGGACUCCCGAUGGGUGGUCAAGCUAACGGACUUUGGCCUCUUUGCUUUCAAGCAAGGGAUCGAAGACAGCUCCACGGAUAUGCAGCAUAUGUCGGCCAAGUGUCUGAAGCUUCUUUAUCGAGCACCUGAGCUGCUGCGACAGGGUCCAUCCUCGCUGGUCAUGGGCACACAACGCGGGGAUGCCUAUUCCUUUGGCAUCCUCCUGUACGAGAUGCACGUCCGUAGAGGACCCUUUGGCGAGACGGGUCUGACGCCCAUGCAGUGCCUGCAGAAGGUUCUUCAGCCGCAGGAUUACCUAAAUCCAUACAGACCAUCCCUGCAACCGCUGGAAACGGCCUUCGACUGCGUCAGCGAGUGCCUGAGAGAAUGCUGGGCGGAGAGACCAGAGGAUCGUCCAGAUUUCAAAACCAUUCGCACCAAACUGAGGCCUCUGCGAAAGGGAAUGAGGCCCAACAUUUUCGACAACAUGAUGGCAAUGAUGGAGAAGUAUGCCAACAAUUUGGAGGCCCUAGUGGAUGAUCGUACGGAUCAAUUGCAGGAGGAAAAAAAGAAGACCGAUGCCCUGCUGCACGAGAUGCUGCCGCGCUGCGUGGCUGACCAGUUGAAGAAGGGUCACAAGGUGGACCCCGAACACUACGAACAGGUCAGCAUCUACUUCAGCGACAUCGUGGGCUUCACAGCGAUGUCCGCCGAGUGCACCCCGUUGCAGGUGGUAGAUUUCCUCAACGAUCUGUACACCUGCUUCGACUCCAUCAUUGGCCACUAUGAUGUUUAUAAAGUUGAAACUAUCGGAGAUGCUUACAUGGUGGUCUCUGGACUUCCGCUGCGCAAUGGUGACUUGCAUGCAGCGGAAAUCGCCACCAUGUCGUUGCACCUACUCAGUGCCGUAUCAGAGUUUAAGAUCCGUCACCGGCCCACAAACCGCUUGCUCCUGCGGAUUGGCAUACACUCGGGUCCCGUUUGUGCGGGUGUUGUGGGCCUAAAGAUGCCACGUUACUGUCUUUUCGGAGAUACUGUAAAUACUGCUUCCCGCAUGGAGUCCAGUGGUGUUCCCCUGAAGAUUCAUUGCAGCUGGCAGUGCCGUCAAUUGCUAGAGAGGCUGGGUGGCUAUCACUUCGCGGAGCGAGGCGUCAUCUCCAUGAAGGGAAAAGGUGAUCAGCGCACGUACUGGCUGCUGGGGGAAGAUGAGGAGGCACGCACUCGUCGGACCUAUGAGCGAUCUCAGAGACGCGGAUCCAGGGCACUCAACAAGUUCAUCCAGGGCACCAUAAAGCAGGCCCAGGAACAGGCCAACGAGUACGGAAUACGCUCCUCCCUUAAACAGAAGAAUCUGCCCAGAAACUCGCUGACCCGCUCUUCCAGUCUGGAGUCACCCAAGAAGCUGCGGUUUGCAGCUGGUAGCCUCCUGGAGCAUCAUCGCUAUCACAGUGACGAGGCGCUGCUGGAGGUGGACUCCUACACAGGCUUGCGCCGUUCCUCCGGAGGAUCCACACAGUCGCGCUAUGAGGAGACGACCCUAUCGCUGACUCUGUCCUGUCAAAGUAUUGAGAUCGUGGGCGGUCAACAUAGUAAAAGGCGACCCUCCUCUUAUCCCACUGCCAACACGCCGCUGCUGAUGAACCACGUGGAGGUUUAAGGCAGUGGCCUAGUACUUAUUUAGCCCAGAUACAGGGAUCUUAGUGGAAUUUGUGUUCAGUAUGUUUAGCCAAGUAUUUGUAUCGCUUUUAGUGUCGUACGCAGAUAAAUAAUCCUUGGAGUCUGUCAUAUAAUUGUGGUAACUGUAGCAUCAGCAUAUUGUGAGAGUGAUUAUAAAUCUAGUCGUUGUUUAAACACAUUCAUGCGCUAACCUAAAUCAAUUUAAAAUAGUCAAUAACCUAAAGUAAAUUAUACAAAUAAAGAGUAACAAAUAAACGGCUAUUUCCUAAUAUCCAGGA